AUCCCAUCUCCCCUCUCCUGCAGAACCAUGCUCCCUCCAUCUCCCCUCAGAAGAGAGCAGGCCUCCCAGCAACAUCAACCCAGCAUGGUACAACAUACCAGAUACAUGCAAUCACAUCAAGGCAUGGAGAGGAAAUCCAGUAGGAGAAAGGGGGUUCCAAUAAUAGGCAGAAAAGCCAGCGACCACUCCUGAUCCCACCGUUAGGAAUCCUACAAGAACACCAAACUGUUCAACCAUGACAUACAUGUAGAGGACCUAGGUCAGACCCCAACUGGUCAUACUCCUAAUUCUGACAUGUCUAAGAGAAGUUUCUGAAAGAUUUCAGCAGUAACAGUAACAAAAUAUUUUUGUCAAAAUAUUUCUGAGGCAUGCCCUUGCUACGUUGCCCAUAGUAGCCUUAAAGUCUUGAACAUGUGUAAUUCUUUCACAACAACAACGAAAAGCUACAAAAGUUCAAGUCAUCAUUUUGACCAGAGAAUUUAUUAUUUGCCGUAAUUUAGGUGGACAAGUGCUAAAUAACAGAAUGCACCUCAAGGAUUUGACAAUAGGGAUAGUGUUCCUGCUUCAGAGCACAGUUGGAAUUGUGGGAAAUUUCUCUCUUCUUUCCUGCUACCUCAUCCGUUACUACUCUGAACAGACAUUAAAGACCACAGACUUGAUUCUGACACAACUGUUCACAGCCAAUUCCUUGAUUAUUCUUUCUAAAGGAAUGCUAGAGACAGUAGGGGCUUUGGGCAUGAAAGGGCUCUUCAGUGACUUUGGCUGCAAACUUCUCUUGUACACUCAAAGACUUGGCAGGAGCAUGUCCAUUGGCACCACCUGUCUCUUGAGUGUUUUCCAAGCCAUCACCAUCAGCCCAAAUGAUUCCUGCUGGAACCGUCCUAAAUUCAAGACUCCAAAACACAUCGGCCUCUUCACUUCCCUCUGCUGGAUGUUCUACAUGUCAGUAAAUAUGAUUUUCCCUGUGUAUAUGUCUACCAAGGGGCACAGCAAUAACUUCACACCUAAGAGUGAUAUGAAAUACUGCUCCACUGCGGGUCAUGAUGACGUUACAAGCUCAUUAUAUAUAGCACUUUUUGUUCUUCCUGAAAUUUCGCUUUCUGUCCUCAUUAUCUGGUCCAGCAGCUCCAUGGUUGCCAUUCUGUACAGGCACAAGCAACAGGUUCAACACAUCCGCAGCACCAGUGUUUCCUCCAGAGCAUCCCCUGAGUCCAGAGCCACCCAGAGCAUCCUGGUCCUGGUGUUCACCUUUCUGGGUUUUUAUGCCCUCUCCUCCAUCUUGCAAGGUUGUGUUGCUCUCACAUAUAACCCUGGCUGGUGGUUGAUGAACAUUACGGCCAUCGUUUCUAUGUGUUUUCCCACUGUGGGCCCCUUUGUUAUGCGUCAUGAUGCCACUGUACCAAGAUUUUGCUAUUCCUGAGGAAAGAAUCCAAAAAUACCACAAUGGCAUUAUAGGUAUGAAGACUGUACAGUCUCUUACUCACAGCAUCUAAAACUUUACAUUCUGCAUGUCUUUCAAAACAUCAACAUUCAACUGAGUCCAUCACCACUUAUCUUCCUGAGGGACUCUAUACUAGGCACUUGGAUUUCCAUCUUGUUGAAACUAGUACCUGAAAUAGCAUAGCAGAAGUGAA